AGCAGCGAUCUGUCAGCAUGAUCCAUUUUCUCAUCAAUAACUCUUAUAAUCCUGAUCAGCAUGACAAAGCGUUCCUGGAUUACUCCAACGAGACCGCUCCGUUCUGCGGUCAGUUCAGGGACGGUACGUGGUACUGCUCGAUCCUGUUGGUCUUAUUUAUCGUCGGUCUACCGGUCGGACUGCUGGGUAACGCGGCGGCCAUCGUGAACUACACGUGCUGUCGACGACCUUGGAACACGGGGACGGUUUUCCUGCUCAACUUGGCGCUCUGCGACAUCGCCUGGCUCCUUUUGCUGCCGUUUACGCUUUAUUUCAACCUGCGUCACCCGCAUAUAAAAGGCAUGAACGUAUUCUGUCAGUUUAAGAAGAUCUUCUUCAACAUCAACGUGUAUGGUAGCAUCUUCUUCCUGGCUCUUAUAAGUUUUGAUCGCUACGCUGGCACGGUUCACCCGAUCAGCUCUCUGCGUUGGUGGGAUAACAAAAAGGCCUGCAUCUGCUCCAUCUUCAUCUGGAUCCUUCUCAUUUUGGGUUCCAUCCCCGAUUUACUCAUGACGUUUGACGUGAGUCGGCCUGAGAACGUUACAGUCUGCAUGGACCACAUCCACGGCCCGUUCUCUUACGUGAUGACCGUCUCGCUUACGCGGGCGCUGGUGGGUUUCCUGCUGCCGUUUGUAGUCAUGGGCGCUUUUUACACCCAGAUGGCUAAAGUGUUGAGGAGCAUGCCAAGAGGAAAAGCCUCCAAAAUGCAGACUUUGUCUCCACGCAGAACUGGAAAGUCUCUACUUCUCAUCAUGGCAGCUUUAGCGGUUUUCUUUUUGUCUUACGCCCCCUAUCAUAUCAUGAUCGUGAUUUUAGUCUUCAUGCGGUUCAUCGGCAAGGUGACGACUGAAAACACGAACACGCUCUACAUAGCCUACGAGUUCCUGGAGGCCUUGUGCAGUGUGAGCAGCUGUCUGGACCCUGUGCUUUACAUUCUUGCCAGCCAGCACUUCAAGCAGAGAUGGAAGAGGAAAAAGAUGGUCGUAGCACGGCUGUGCUGCAGGAGCACCAGGAGGGUCGGCGUCCAGGAGCCACUGUGA